UAGAGAUGGCGGCGAAAGAUGCUUAGUAGAAAAAGAUGGAAAAUGCUUUGACAUCAAGUUCCUGCAUGGAGUGUGAUGGUCCUUGGCACGUUUUAUCUUUGAAUAACCAACGGUAAACAGUGCGAUGUGGCAAUUAUAAUUCGUCAUUGGAAGAUUCCAGCAGACCUUCGAUGAAAUUUGUUUCUGUAGACAGGAGGUGAUUGGUGUAAACUCAUUUAAAACUGCUAACAUCAGCAGUUGACGUUUGAGGAAUUCGACAUCAAAAGCAAAGACAUAAAUUUGAUCUAAACAGUCACAGUUGACGCGAACGGUUACAAACUAAGGCAACUAACAUUUCGAUUGAUUAGCAAGAUGAAGGUCAGGAUUUCUUUCGGUCAAACGAUGUUCGUAUCUUUAGUCGUCUCUCUUCUGUUUUGCAACGCGUAUGCGGAAGAGCCUAUCGGUAAAGAGCCGAUCGGUAAAGAGCCGAUCAGUAAGGAGCCUAUCGGUGAAGAGCCGAUCGGUAAGGAGCCUAUCAGUAAGGAGCCUAUCGAGGCCAAGAUCUGUGCUGACGACUAUGCUUCAGUUGGAAGAACUGUCUGUGAUGACCAUGCAGAAUGCUUGGAGGGAGAUGGUGCUAUUGCAUGCGAAUGCAAGGAAGGAGCUCUUGGUGAUGGCUGGGCUAUCAGCUCGGGCUGUGUUCCAGUGGAAGGUAAUCCUGAAGGUUAUCCAGGUGUGAGAGGGAAAAGAUGGUGGAUUUUGGGAAUGUGGAGCAGAAGUCAGGAAAUCAAACCUUGCAGUGGACGCAUGGCACUUCUGGGGCAAAUGGUUUGUGACAGGAACGCAUAUUGCAUGCAAGGAAACUCAGACGUCUUGUCUAUUAAGUGCUUUUGCAAAAAAGGCUCUGGAAAUGGCUUCAGAAGUUCAUUCUCACCAACCUCUGGGUGCCAUUAAGCUGAACUGACUUCACUUUCUGUUUUUCCUCUUUGAGUUGGACCAUGGCCUUUUUUUACCUGAUUGUUAUUCUUUAUGUUGGACUACAACCGAUUUUUCACAUUAUUUGUCUUAAAUAAGAAAUAAAACUAUUGCUGAU